AUGGAUGACGAUAAGGUUACAUGUUUGACAUUUAUUGACUUUAAAAAGGCUUUCGACCUUAUAAAUCACAAAACUCUGCUGAAAAAGCUUGCAAUUUAUGGGGUAGACGGAUCGUCAAUUGCCUGGUUUACAUCGUAUCUAUCCGACAGAAAACAGUUUGUUAAAUUAAAUGAAUGUGUAUCCACUUGUCAAGUGGUAUCACAAGGAGUACCGCAAGGAUCGAUCCUCGGACCGUCGUUGUUCAUUACAUUUAUAAACGAUAUGCCUCUUCAUAUGCCUGACCCAAAUGUAGAAAUUUAUGCCGAUGACACAACUUUAGCAAGAAGUGCAAGUAUCGACAAAUUGCCUGUUUUAACUCGAAUGAUAAACCAAGAUUUGAUCUGCUUAGAGAGAUGGUGCAAUGAAAAUGGCAUGGUUAUAAACACGUCAAAAACAAAGUCAAUGUUAAUCGCUAGUAAACGCAUUCGAAAUAACACCAGCACCUUUUCCAUCUCUAUAGAUGCUAAACUAAAUGACGCUGUAAUUGAACAAGUACUCAGUUACAAACUACUCGGUGUUAGCUUGGAUCAAGACCUGUCAUUUACCACCCAAAUCGAUGAGCUAUGCAAGAAGUUAUCGAAACGCGUUGGUCUUCUUCGCCAUAUAUGUCCAUAUUUGAAACAAAAACAACGUGAGAUAUAUUACUCUGCAAUAAUCAAACCUGUUUUACUCUAUGGUAGUACUGUAUGGUGCUCCUGCAAACAAGAUGAUCUACAAAGAGUGCUCAAAUUGCAAAAACGAGCUGCAAGAGUAAUAUUGGAUGCUGAUCGUAGAGCCUGCUCUGUGGAUCUGUUUAACACGCUCGGUUGGCUGCCAUUUUACAUCGAGGCCCACAUAAACCGCUGUACCUUAGUUUAUAAACGAAUAAACGGAUUAGCACCGACUUAUAUUAACGAUCUACUUAUAAGAAAUUGUGAUAUUCAUAAUAGGAACACUAGGUACUCGAAACUAAAUUUAAAUUGCCCAAGAUACAAAAGAGAGACUGAGGGGGGCGUACGUUUACUGUUAAAACUAUCAAGGCUUGGAACAGUAUUACCAGUGACUUAAAGAAAAGUCAUAGUCCAAGUAUUUUUAAAAGAAACUUUCUUAAAUACUUUUUAACAAAGCAGCGAGAGACGCUUACUUUUGAAUCUUUUCUAGCUCUUUGACUUAUUUUAUCUUAAAUAUUCGUAGUAUAAUGUAAAUAUAGCAUGAGUAUAAUUACCUACUAAAUGUAAAUAGAUUUAGCAUUGUCUAUUCAGUAUAGUUCAUUGGGUGUAUAUUUUUGUAAUUAGGAAUAUGGAGGGCCACAGGUUUAUCAUUUUUAUUAAUGUCAAGUGUUACCCUCUUGAAAUAAAGUCUCUAAUCUAAUCUUAUAAACGUUGUAGAAAUGAACUUAACAAAAGAAUCAAAGCAACUAAGGUUCAAUUUUACAACACUAAACUACAAAACAGUAAAAAUAGUAAAGAAGGUUGGAAUACAUUAAAUAAUCUGCUUAACAGGAAAUCCAAAACCACAAUUGUUAAUGAACUUAGCGUAGACCAUGGAAAAAAUGUAACACAAGAUAAAGAUAUAGUCGACGAGUUUAAUAAAUUCUUCACUUCUAUACGUCCCAAAUUAGCAAAUAACAUUGCUGACAAUGGCUGUAGUCCUGAUCCUUUGUCAUAUAUAGACCAAGUCACAAAUGUAUUUCACUUUCAUAGCAUAUCAAGCUAUGAGCUGAAAAGAGAAAUACAAAAUAUGCAAAUGGCAAAAUCUACAGGUCUAGAUAAGAUCUCAACUAAGCUAAUAAAACAGGCAGGCGAUACAAUAACUGAAUCACUCCUAGAAGUGUUUAACCUAUCUCUUAGGUCAGGAAUAUUUCCAGAUGAUUGGAAAUUUGCCAAAGUGACUCCAAUAUAUAAGUCAGAAAACAAAACCUUAUGUGAAAACUAUAGACCGAUAUCAGUCAUUUCAAAUAUCGCCAAAAUAUUUGAGAAAUUAGUCUGUAGACAACUAAAUACCUUCCUGGAUAACAACAACAUAAUUGUAAAAAAUCAAUCAGGUUUCCGUCGCAAUCACUCAACCGAAACCUCGUUACUACAAUCUACUGAAAUGUGGUUGAAAUCAAUGGACCAGGGUCAAAUAAAUGGGGUUAUUUUCUUAGACCUGAAAAAAGCAUUUGAUACGAUUGAUCACCAGAUUCUAUUGUCAAAACUACAAGUUUAUGGGAUACGCGACCACACGCUCAAAUGGUUCCAAUCGUAUUUAGAUCAAAGAAAGCAAAUUUGCAUGCUAAAUAACUGUAAAUCUGAUAUUGAAACAAUUCGUUGUGGAGUACCUCAAAUCUUGGACCUCUAUUAUUUCUCAUUUACAUAA